AUGGCCCUGACGGCCGAGACCGAGUCCCGGUUGUACCGCUCCUUGCGUGCCGCCGCCGGCGCCGCUGCUCACCUGGUAGCGCUGGGCUUCCCCACCGCCGUGGCCGUGCUGGCGCGGCCCGGAUCCAGCCUCUUCUCCUGGCACCCGCUGCUCAUGGCCCUCGCGUUCUCCUUCCUGAUGACGGAAGCCCUGCUGAUAUUCUCCCCGGAGAUCUCGCCGCUCCGCUCCUUCUCCCGCAAAGUCAAAGUGCGGGUGCACUGGGCCCUCCAGCUGCUGGCCCUCCUCUGCGCCCUGCUGGGGCUGGGCAUCAUCACCUACAACAAGCACCUGAACGGCAAGGCCCACUUCGUCACCUGGCACGGCCUGACAGGGCUGCUGACCGUGCUGUACGCCACCGGGCAGUGUGCCGGGGGGGUGCUCCUGCUCUACCCCAAGCUGAUGAAGAACUGGACGCUGGCCAAGCUCAAGCUGUACCACGCCACCUCGGGGCUGGUGGGCUACUUGCUGGGCUGUGCCAGUCUGAUGCUGGGCAUGUGCUCCUUGUGGUUCACCACCUCAGUCACCAGCGUCUCCUGGUACCUCGCCAUGCUGUGUCCCCUUCUCACCAGCCUGGUUAUCAUGAACCAGGUGAGCAAUGCUUACCUGUACCGCAAGCGGAGCCAGCACUGAGGGCUCGGCGUGGAUCCAAACUUCCCCUGCGCGAGCCAGCGAGGCCGGGGCUCGUCCCCGCAGGUCCCUGUGGGUGUCCCCUGCUCGCACAGGGUCUCCUCAAAACUAGAUUUCUGUCUACUCGUGUCUCGUUAGUCCUGGAUUGUCUGUAGUGUCUCGUCUCCCAGGGAGCAGCUACGAUGUGCGUGACACCGAGCGGGCAGGAGCUGCCCAUCUUGUGCCUGCCUCGGUGGGGAUGUUUCCCAGCACAGGUAACGCUGCUGGUCCCUGCAGCAGCUUGGUGCUCGGUGCUGGGAACCAGAGGGGUCACUCAGGAUUCCUGCUCCUUUUCUCUUCCCUUGCCACCCGGGGCUGCUUUGGAGCAGGGAGGACAGGAGCUGUCGCAUUCCUGGCGAGGAGGGCAGAGAGGCCCUGCUCACCCGGGAGGCUGCAGCGGGCACUGCACUGCCUCUCCUGUCGCAAAGGGCAGCUUGGCCAGUAAAAGCGUAGCACACGGUUGUGGCUUCAGCCACGGGAGGGCUGAAGCAGGGUGGCAGCACCCAAAGUGUCCAUCCCCAUGGCACAGCUCUGCACAGAGAGUCAGGGGGGUCUCUGGGACCAGUACAGACAGCCCUGCCCACUGGCUGUGGCUCGGGGUACCCAGCACCACGCACAAAUCCUUCCCGCAGGCUGGGACAACGAAGCUUUAGCCUGGUGGGAGGUGGGGGAGGUCAUUUUACAGAGCAAAUUACCAAGCUGAGAUGCAAACCGGCGGCCUGCGAAGGCGUUUUGUCCUCCUGAGGGGUACAGGGACCAGUGCGAGCACGGCAGGAGCGGGGCUCGGGACAAACCCUCGAGCCAGCCUGCGAAACAGCCCUCGGGAAGGCAGAAAGCCUCUUGUCUUGCCAGCACAACAGCCUUCCCUCCAGCCUGCCCGCCCUCAUGGCAGCUGGGCGCUGCGAGGCUCCACCUGCUGCAGCAGCUCCUCCGUGGCACAUAUCCUGCUCCCAGCAGGGCCGGAGAGCUGGAAGCAGCUCCCAGGCUGGGAAAUUCCUCUGUAUCCAGAGCUUUUAUUCAAUAAAGAUUUCAGGCAGCUACA